AUGAAACAGUCGUGGUCAUUUGUAAUCUUGACCGUUAUUGUAUAUCUUCCAUUAAUCUCAGCCGUAGGAUGGGAGCUAAGCAUACCGACGGCGAGGAGGAGUAGUCUUCGGGGGCGGGAAGGAUCACCGUUCAAGAUUGCAAUCUUCGCAGACCUCCACUUCGGUGAAGACACGUGGACUGAUUGGGGUCCACGUCAGGAUCUAAACUCCGUUCACGUUAUGUCCACCGUUCUCGACGCUGAAACUCCAGAUUUUGUGGUGUAUUUGGGAGAUGUAGUAACGGCUAACAACAUACCAAUCCAAAACGCAAGCUUGUUUUGGGACAAAGCAAUCUCUCCUACAAGAGACAGAGGAAUCCCAUGGGCUACUCUCUUUGGUAACCACGACGACGCUUCUUUCGAAUGGCCUUUGGAUUGGUUCUCUUCUUCCGGUAUCCCUCCCAUUCGCUGCCUGGCUACAUCAAAUUCCUCCUCGGAUAAUGGUGAUGGAUGCGCUUUUAGAGGAACAACGCGAGUGGAAUUGAUUCAAGAAGAAAUAAAAGCAUCCAAUGCACUCUCGUACUCGGCGAUUGGUCCUAAGGAGCUAUGGCCAAGUGUAUCUAACUACGUCAUUCCUGUGGAAUCAUCGGAUGAUUCGAAACCACAACUGGCAUUGCUUUACUUUCUUGAUUCGGGUGGAGGUUCAUACCCUGAGGUUAUCUCAAAUGCUCAAGUGAAAUGGUUUGAAACCAUGUCUAGUACUCUUAAUCCUGAUUUAAGGAUUCCAGAGUUGAUCUUUUGGCACAUACCGAGUAAAGCAUACAAGAAAGUAGCUCCAAUGUUAUGGAUAACAAAACCUUGCGUCGGAUCAAUCAACAAAGAGAAAGUUGCUGCUCAAGAAGCUGAAAAUGGUAUGAUGAGAGUUCUUGAGAACAGAUCUUCAGUUAAGGCUGUGUUUGUAGGACACAACCAUGGACUAGACUGGUGUUGUCCAUACAAGGACAAGCUCUGGCUUUGCUUUGCAAGACAUACUGGUUAUGGUGGAUAUGGAAAUUGGCCAAGAGGAUCAAGAAUUCUGGAGAUUACUGAAAUGCCUUUUCGUAUUAAGUCAUGGAUUAGGAUGGAAGACGGAUCUGUCCACAGUGAAGUUAAUUUAACAUGA